GGCGGCAGGAGACAGGGGAGCGAGCGGCGUGGUGGGGCCGGCGCUGAGGCCAGUCCUCACUCCGAGACCGUUGCGCCCUGCAGUCGGAGGCAGGCGGCGCUGGAGCGAGGAGCCGGGAGGAUGAAGCAGGAGGGAGCCGGCCGGGGAGCUGCUGCCGGGCUCGGCGCGGCGGCGUGGGGCGAGGAGGGCGAGGCGGAGAAAGUUGUCUACUCCCGGUCGCAGGUGUCUUUCGCCGGCACCAAGGCGCUGGGCGACGCCUUCAAGCUCUUCAUGCCCCGCUCCACCGAGUUCAUGAGCUCGGACUCGGAGCUGUGGAACUUCCUCUGCAGCCUCAAGCACCAGUUCUCCCCGGUCAUCCUGCGCAGCAAGGACGUGUACGGCUACGCCUCCUGCCGGGCCGUGGUCCCCGACGGGCUCCCGGCGCCGGGACACCGCACCCGCCGCGGAGCGACCAGGAGGCGCCCCCCGGCCGCCGGCGCCAAGCGCGGAGCGCCCGGCCGCGCAAAGAAGGGGAGGAAACGCGCCCCAGCGCUUGCCGGUCCCCCCGGCAGGGAAGCGCAGCGGCCGCGGGAGGAGGAACAGGUCGACUCGGCCGAGGUGCCCUCGUGUGCUCCCUUUGGGGGCCGGUCCUUGGAGGAGAUCUGGAAAGCGGCCACCCCCAGUCUUACCACCUUCCCCACCAUCAGGGUGCGGGGCAGCGUCUGGAAUCCGCGGAGCCUGGAGGCGGCGCGGCGCCAGGCGCAGCAGAUCCUACGAGUGGACCUGGCGCCCGUGGUGAGGAUCCGCCGCUUCCCCGUAGCCAGAUCGUGAGCUGCUGCCCCGCCUGGGAGCGGGGACAUCUGGGGGGAGGCUCUUCCCCUGGAAGAAGCGAACAGAGACAAGUGUCAGUCACCUGUUUACAUUGCAUUUGUCUGGAUCGUGUCCUUCUACUGCACUUUAUGGCUCAGACUGAUG